UGAGACAAGUGAAGUACCCCAUUACCAAAUCAGAAAAAAAACCCCAACAACAAUGCCGAACAAAGAGAUGGAGGUUGUGAGGAAUCUGGACAUAGAACGUUACAUGGGUCGUUGGUACGAGAUUGCUUCGUUCCCGUCGAUGUUUCAGCCUAAGAACGGAGUGGACACCAGAGCCACCUACACUCUGAACCCGGACGGUACUGUGCAUGUGCUGAACGAAACCUGGAGUGAUGGAAAGAGAGGUUCUAUAGAAGGGACUGCUUAUAAGGCUGAUCCUAAGAGCGAUGAAGCUAAGCUCAAGGUCAGAUUCUAUGUCCCUCCGUUUUUGCCCAUUAUUCCAGUAACUGGAGAUUACUGGGUUCUGUACAUCGACAACGAUUAUCAGCAUGCUCUGAUCGGCCAGCCUAGCAGAAAAUACCUUUGGAUUUUAUCCAGGAGCAACCAUUUGGAUGAAGAGAUAUACAACAUGCUGGUUGAGAAAGCAAGGGAAGUGGGAUAUGAUGUGAGCAAACUGCACAAGACACCACAGAGUGAUCCUCCUCCAGAAUCAGACACCCCUCAAGACAGUAAAGGCAUUUGGUGGCUCAAAUCCAUUCUGGGCAGAUAGAUCCUCAACCAUGUCUUGCUCAUAGGGAACCUUGAUUUAAUCAAACUGUGUUUGCAUGUCUGUAAUAUUUGAAUGGCUUUCUGUAAAUAUGUGAACUUUUGUCUGUUUGAUGCCUCUACUUCUAUUAUGAGUUGAAGGAUUAUUGUUUAGGUGAGAAUCCUGUCUUGUAGUUUUUACUUCUUCAGAAAGCCGUGGGAAUGAGUCCGAUCUUAUCCUCAUCUAAAUGCAGAUGGCGAUGCGACAUUGGUGAUGUGACAAGAAUAUUGUCGCUACUGAUUAUGAGGGGAUAGGAUGCUUUAAUUUUGAGCGUCUAUUUUAUAUCAUUACGUGUAAUGUUGUAUUAAUAUUUAAUUGUUUUUCGUUUGGAUAUCCUGGAUGUCUAUGUAAAGAUAUUUUGAACACUAAUCUUUAAGCAUUUAUUCCCUGGCCCAA